CAAUAAUAUUGUCUCGUGUAAGGGCUGCUAUCAAUCGGCAUCUGUUCAUCAAACAGAAUUCAUUUGGUGCUGUACAAUCCUGUGGGAUGGUUGAUCUCCGUUGCUUCCAGUUAAAAUGUUGUUGUUCUGAGCUUAAUCUCUCAUUAACUUGCUGGUCAAAGCAAUAACCGAGUAAGCAAUGUAUUCGAUUCCAACGCACGGGGAGUCAACAAAAAAUAGAUUAAUAUUCAGUUCAUGCGUGUAAGUGUGUACGCUCCAGAUUUACGGAAAAACACUUGACCUAAAUUUCAAACGAAAAUGUCGGAGAAACGUAAGCUGGAUAGAAGGAAGCACGAAUCUCAACCGAAAUUGAUUGGAGAAACGGUAAAGCCAAACGAUGAAGCGAUCCAUGAACAAAUCGUUCAUCCUGUCGAAGAUUUGAACUGUUUCUUCGAUCUCAGAACAAAACGUGGACAGUUACUUUUCUUCAUAGUCACCAUACUGGCGGCUAUUCUGACGCAAUGGCUUCCAAAAGGUAGUUAUAAUAGCCUUGUGCAGCCCAACGAACAAGUGCACUGCGAAUCACAGACAAAAAUUGUCGAGAAAAUGGUACCGAAUCCACUUGAGCAACGACCGAAGUACCAAGUUUACGGACGCAAUCCAACCGGAGGUCAUUUGGUACACGUCCACAAUGUUCUGCAGCGACUGGGGAUAGAGCAAGUGGACAACAGCACUGAUGAUUGGGAUUUACUAUGGGCUCAUGACUACCCGUUUAGAAAGCUGGACCUUCAUCACAUGAAGCCACAUCAACUUGUUAAUCAUUUCCCUGGUUCGGGUUAUAUAACAAAUAAGGUCGAUUUGUCAACUUCGGACAUCAAAUAUGUUCCGAAAGCUUUCAAAUUGCCCAGUGAGGCGGAAAAGUUCAAAAGCUAUGCACAGGCGAACCCUGGCAGACUGUUCGUACAGAAAAAUAAUCAACAUCGUCAUAUCCAUAUCAAGAAACCCGAGGAAAUAGAUUUUGGAAAUAAUGAGACAUUCAUUCAAGAAUUUAUCGACGAUCCUCUGUUGGUAGAUGGAUAUAAAUUCGACAUAGGCGUCUAUACGGUGAUUACCUCAAUCGAUCCCCUUCGCAUCUAUAUCUAUAAAGGCGACAUUCUUUUCCGUUAUUGUCCAGUUGAGUACUAUCCCUUCGAUGCGGAAAAUGUUGAUAAAUACAUUGUGGGAGAUGACUAUCUACCGACUUGGGAUGUUCCUGCACUGAAAACAUUCUACACGAAACUUGGCUUCGGUAUGAAAGAAUCGUUCGAUGCUUACCUUCGAGGGAUUGGGCGCGAUCCUGCUAUUAUUUGGGAACAAGUUGAAGAUGCGAUUCGAUUGGCGAUUCUCAAUAAGGAGUCACUCCUAGCGAACAUUCUUUCACACUACGCUAGUAAACGUAAUUUUUUCGAAAUGAUGCGAUUUGAUUUAGUCGUCGACAAUAAACUUCGCGUCUUUCUGAUGGAAGCCAACAUGAGUCCUAAUUUGUCUUCCGCCCAUUUCAAACCGAACCGGUUGCUGUACGAACAAGUCAUCUACAACUUUCUGCGCCUGGUGGGCGUAGGAUCGGACCUGCGUCGGGAGUCCUUCCGAAAGCGUUCCCCCGACGUGGAAGCGAUGGUAUCAUCGCUGAAAAACAUUGUUGUCGAAGCGAACCGAUGUUCCGAGGCACCCUGCCUCGAAUCGUGCGCUCCGCUAGAAUGCACCCUAUGCGUUUCGUGUCUCAGCUGGGAAGACCUGCGGGAUCUACAUGCUGCCUACCGAGAACACCUGAACCGAGGGGAUAUGAAGCGGAUUUUCCCAGUGCCAAAAGUUGACCGCCUGUCCGGCGUGGAUCCGGCGGAAUUAAGUGCCAAGAACCAGUGGAUGACGCGCUGGUUUGAUGAAAAGUGCAAAAUGGACCAUUCGUUCUGUUAGUGCUGGUGCUCGAAUUGUAUUACUUGGAUCAUUAGUUGGUAAGUUUUAUUUGCGGAUACGCUGAUCGAACGGCCUGAUUGCCGGACAGCGAAAAGAAUAUUCAGUACAAAGCCGAACUGUUUCUAACAAAAUCCUUCCUGUUGAGAGAAUUACGUUCAGUAUGUGCACGUUGAAUGAUUCUACUUAAACGUGAAUCUAGAAACAAACAAGUAUUUUUGCCUUGUUCAAUUUCUAAUAGAACGUACAAAACAUUAUAACACUGGCAUUCCGACAGAAAACAUUGACAAUAAAAUAAAUUAAGUAAAAAGCUUGAUAAUCAAUAGAUAUAACUAUUUAUAAUACCGUCAUAAAUCAUACAAGAAUCAGCCUCA